AUGCCCCGGUCUCGGGACGAAAUGCAAGUAAACGUGGCGGGCCUAAGGAGAAAUAUUAAAAAUCUCGCGCACAACUACUCUGAUGCUCAGGUAAAAGUGCGCGAGGCUACAUCGAACGACCCAUGGGGCCCGUCCAGCACGCUGAUGGCGGAGAUCGCCGACCUCACGUACAACGUGAUGGCCUUCACGGAGAUCAUGCAGAUGAUAUGGAAGAGGCUCAACGACCACGGCAAGAACUGGCGGCACGUGUACAAGGCGCUGGUGCUCAUGGAGUACCUCAUCAAGACGGGCAGCGAGAAGGUCGCCAUGCAGUGCAAGGAGAACAUCUUCGCCAUACACACGCUGCAGGACUUCCAGUACAUGGAGGAGGGCAAGGACCAAGGUUUAAACGUGCGGGAGAAGGCCAAGCAGCUGGUGAACCUUCUUAAAGAUGAGGAGCGCCUAAAGAACGAGCGAGCGCGCGCCCUCAAGGCCAAGCAGAGGUUCGCGCAGAGCGCCAGCGCCUUCGGUAGCGACGGAGCCCUAGAUACACCCACCAGCCCUACGUACCCCGCGUUGAGGUCGAGCGAGGCGAGCGAGUGGUCCGGUCGGGACAGCGAGCUGGCUCGUCCGCUGACGGCUGGCGAGGAGGAGCUGCAGCUACAGCUGGCGCUGGCCAUGUCCCGCGAGGAGGCCGAGCGGGAGGAGCGGCGCAGGAGGUCCGACGACGUGCGGCUGCAGCUCGCCAUCAGCCAGUCGCAGAACGACUUCCAGACUCCGCCCCCUGAAAAGAAGGAGCACUCUCAGUCCCAGUCGCACCUAUUGGACUUGUUGGAUGUGAACCUGUCCCCGGCGGCCCCCGCCGCGCCCGCAGCCCUCCCCGGGGCUCCGCUGGACCCUUGGGGCCUUCCCUCGCCCCCUCUCCCCGCGCCCCGGCCGCCCAUGCGUCUGGAUUUCCCUCCCGCUGUGGAUCAAAUGGAGACGUCUCCAGACGCGUGGUCAUCAGUAACAAGCCCCGCCCGGGACCCGUGGGCCCCCGCCGCCGCCCCGCCGGGCCCCGCUGACCCCUGGGCGCCUCUAGCACAGAGCAAGUCUCCUGUAUCGGUGCUAUCGUCCCCCUCGUCUGAACUGGAGCAGUUUGACGCGCUCUCACAGAGGACCAAGAACGAUGACCCCUUUGACCUCACCGGACUAGGUAACGGCCUGACUCCUGUGCCAGCAUCUCCUUCUACGGGAGCCAUAAAGAAGUCUCCCUCCGCCUUCCUGGGAGAGAACUCGUCGCUGGUCAACCUGGAGCGCCUCUUACAGCCCGCGCCCGCAGACCCCGCGCCCAACCCCUUCGCCCCCGACCCUAGGCCUCCGCCCCCGGCCAAGCUGUCCAUCAACGAGAUCAAGCAGCAGCAGAUGGGUCUGAACCCGGCGCUGAACUUCAGCUCGCCGCCGUCGUUCGCGAUGGCUGCGCCCGCGCCGCUCGUGCAGCCCAUGGGCGCGCCCAUGUCCGUGGGCGGCGUGGGCGCGCUGGACCCGUGGGCGCCGGCGCCGGUCCGCUCGCAGUCCCCGUGGUCGCCGCCGGCCACGAGACACACGCCCAACCCCUUCCUCUCCUAG